AUCAACAAGGAAGUCGUUUUAAGGCGCCAAUUUUUGUCUUGUCGCUGAGUUCUCUUAAUACAUCCAUGCUGAAAUCGAAAUAGUUUGUCUGUGUUUUCUGUUUACAACUGGCACUUACAUCGCUACGAUGACCGAAAACACGUUCCCCGUCUAUUCUGCGGAUGCGGUAGUGAAUUUUUACCGAACAGAAGUUCUGACCGGUCAAGAGGCAAAGCACUUCACCAAGAGCGACCUGACUCCCGUUCCCAAGCCAGAGGCAGUUCAAACGUUGUACAUGAGAGUGUUGCAUCUCCUCUAUCGUUUCAGACCCGAGUGCCACUCCAUGGUUCCACUUCUGGAGAACAUUCAGAACCCAGUAUAUCAUGAGGGGGCAACUGCUAUCAUGAGCGUCUGCAUGCGCAUGCAGCAGUUUCUGCCAAUGUGCUUGGUGUACGAUUUUUCACUGAAUGACCUUCUAGCUCCAAAAAAACAGAAGACUCUGACUAUUCUGAGUGCCAUCAUGAACUUUCUCCACUUCAGGAAGCAGAGGAUGACCAUUAUCUUGGAGAAGCAGGCCAAAUAUAGGGCAGACAUGGACAGGCUGCAGGUUUACGUUAAGGGCAGUUCAGAAGCAAUGAGGAAGAUUAAGGCGCUGACGACCAUCCCGCCAGAGCAGCAGGCUGAGGCUGACGAGCUGGCUGCUGCUCUCUCGGAGCUGCAGGUCGCCACCACGCACGAAUCCCACGAAGUGAAUGCGAUAAAGGAAAGCAUCGCAGAGUGGAAAACCAGAAUUGCAGAGAAGACUCAGAAACUGGCCCAGUUGAAGGUGGAUGUCAGCAACCUAAAAGAAGAAAUCGGUAAACUCAAGUCUCAGAUUGUGGAGUCUCCAGAAGAGCUGAAGAGUCAGAUGGAGAAGAUGAGGGAAAACGUCAAGAUCAUCAAGAACUCCAUGGAAGAAACCGACGAGCGUCUGGUGGAGCUGCAGAACUUAGUUCAGAGCGUGGCCCACGCGGAGGCUGAGAUCCAGCAGAUGUACAACCUGCUGCAGGACCUGGAGAGCAGCAUGAACAACACCAAGCAGCGGCAGGACGAGCACCAGGAGUUGACAGCUCAGUAUGAGAAGAAGCAGAAGGAGCUGAAGAACUUGAUCGCCGAGGAGGGCCAGUUGAAGCGAGCGCUGGGCAGGAAGCAGGACAAAGAGUCCAAAGUGAACAUGCGCAGGCAGAAGACGAGAGAGACGAAGGAGCAGUAUGUUCAACAAGUGCUGGGGGACUGUAACCAAAUCCAUCAGAAGCGCGAGGAGAUAGCGGACAAAAUCCAGGAGAUCUCCAGAGAGACGCAGCAGCUGAAGGCCAAGAUCCAGAGCCUGAGAGACGUCUGCAGCAAAGAGACGGAGAAAGCUCAGGCUGUGUACGACACCCUUUCAUCCUCACUGGACGAGCUGCACCGGAGAAUUGACAUGGACACCAUGGACCUGAUGCAAGGUCUCACCAAGAUGGCUACAUGAUGUUAAAUGGAUCAUUUAUACAUUUUGUAAUAGUUACAUUACUGUGUGGUAUUAUGUGUUUAUACUCUUCUAACCUUUUUGUUGCCUUUUUUCAUUUAAAAUGUAUUAAAAAGUUGUAUAUCAGUUAAUAAAUCUGAUCAGUCCAGACUGUGUAGCUC